UAUCCCCGUGUAUGACACUCCGGACACCGAGAGUUCCGACAGCGCUGAGAGGAGGACGGGGGAGGUAGUGACAUCACCGCCUGACGUCCGACGUUCACCGAGAGAUCGGAUAUGCAGCUUGAAAUCCAAGUCGCUCUGAAUUUUAUCAUCUCGUAUCUGUACAACAAACUGCCCCGGAGGCGGGUCAACAUCUUCGGGGAGGAGCUGGAGAGACUUCUGAAGAAGAAAUAUGAAGGCCAUUGGUACCCCGACAAGCCGUACAAGGGCUCGGGCUACAGGUGCAUCCACGUCGGCGAGAAGGUGGAGCCAGUCAUAGAGCAGGCCGCCAACGAGAGCGGAUUGGACAUCGAGGACGUCCGCAGGAACCUCCCCCAUGACCUCAACGUUUGGAUCGAUCCCUCCGAGGUGUCCUAUCAGAUCGGAGAGAAGGGACAAAUCAAAGUGCUUUACGUGGACGACAACAGCGAGAACGUCUCAGAACUGGACAAGGAGAUCAAGAACAGCUUCAACCCCGAGGCCCAGGCCUUCAUGCCCAUCACCGACCAGUCCUCUCCGGUGUCCAGCUCGCCGUCGCCACCGUUCGGCGACUCGGCCGCCGUCAGCCCCAGCUUCAUGCCCAGGGCCUCGCAGCCUUUAACGUUCACCACCGCAACUUUCGCCGCCACCAAGUUCGGCUCCACCAAAAUGAAGAGCAACACCCGCAACAAGAUCGCGCGCUCCUCCCCCACGCAGUUCGGCUUCAGCGUCAAUAACUUGUUAAAGCAGAACGCGUUGUCGUCCUCCAUGCACUCUCUGUACGGCCUCGGCCUCACAAACCUCCAGCAGAAGACGUCUGCCCUCUCUCCCAACGCCAAGGAGUUCCUGCUCCCCGAGGUCCCGGAUCAAGGACGGUUCGGCAUGAGCUGCCCCGCCGACAAUGCACUCGGCCCCAGCCCCUUCCCCUACAGCAACGCCUUCGACGUCUUCACGACGUACGGCGGCCUCAACGACAAGUCGCUGGUGGACGGCUUGAACUUCAACCUCAACAACGUGCAGUAUUCUAAUCAGCAAUUCCAGCCGGUUAUGGCCAACUGAACUGUCCUUCAAGUAUUGAUCGAGCUGCACGGGGGGGUCCUCUUCCCUCAG